AUGCAGUCGGUGAAGAGCUUCCUCUGGGGCCCCACUCCCGAGGAGCAGGUUAGCCAGCAUCCGCCAACUUCCACCUGCUGUCGCAGUCUGUCUGAUAAUAANCAGAAAAGAAAAUGUAACACUUUGAUGCGCCAACAAUCACGCCAACUCGAUCGCGAAAUCAUGAAGUUGAAGCAACUCGAAGGCAAGACCAAGACCUUCAUCACCCAGGCCGCCAGACGCGCCCAGCGCAACCCAUCGCAAGCGAAAUCAGCCGCUCAGGAAACUCGUACAUUUGCGCGUGAGCUCAUCAGAGUGCGCAAGCAGACCGCAAGAUUAGUCACCAGUCAGGCACAACUACAGAGCGUGGGCAUGCAGAUCAACGAGGCCUUCUCGGUACGCAAAAUUGAGGGGAGCAUCAAAGCGAGUGUAGGCAUCAUGAAGGACGUCAACACUCUGGUGCGCUUGCCUGAAUUGACAGGCACAAUGCAAGAGCUGAGUCAAGAAUUGAUGAAGGCGGGUAUAAUCGAAGAGAUGGUGGGCGACAGUCUGCCCGACAAUGAACUCUUGGAAGGCGAGGAUGAAGAGGCAGAGAGUGAGGUUGACAAGGUCCUCAGUGAAGUGCUCAAGGACAAGUUGCCCGCAAACGCACAACCCAUGGAUCUCCCGCCUGUUCAAGCAGCAGAACCCGAAGAGGAAGAAGACCAAGAGGAAUUGCUCGCUCAAAUGCGAGGGCGUCUCGAGGCACUGAAGAGUUAG